AAAAUGGCUGCGCCCGUGUGCAGGAGAUAUUUUGGGUGGUUUCUUCGUUCUUCCAUCGGCAAUUCUGUCCGUGGUUGGCCACGGUACCGAUUGAGACAAAUGACAACAGGAUAUAUAAAGAAUGGCAGAAACUCAAAAUUCAGUCGGAUUCUAUUUCCAGCAGCACCAUUGUUAAGUCUCAGCUUUUGGGGAUCAGCGCCACCUGAACCAGAAGCCGCGAAAACACCAGAACCAGAGCCAGAUCCAGAGUUGUUAUUAAUCCACACAGCUGAUGUACUAUAUGAUGCCAAUAAUACUAAAGAGUUGUACGAUCUACUCAUCCAACACAAAGACAGUAAGAAUGAUGAGUUACUAUGGAGAUUAGCAAGAGCUGCACGAGACCUUGCACAGUUGUCGACAACCGAGACCAACGUAAAGAAGACGCUAACAUAUGAAGCAUUGGCACAUGCUAAAAAAGCUUUAGAUGCAAACGAUGGAAACUUUGCAUGUCAUAAGUGGUACGCAAUAUGUAUCAGUGAUGUUGGUGACUACGAAGGAACCAAACAGAAAAUAGCUAAUGCAUUUGUCAUAAGAGACCAUUUCCUGAAAGCUAUAGAAUUAAACCCAAGUGAUGCCACAUCCAUUCAUUUAAUGGGACUAUGGUGCUUUACGUUUGCCGAGAUGCCCUGGUACCAACAGAAGAUUGCUACUGUUAUAUUUGCAAAACCACCAGAAUCCACUUACAAUGAGGCACUUACAUAUUUUAUGAGAGCUGAAAAUGUGGACCCCAACUUCUAUAGCAUGAAUUUAUUAAUGCUGGCUAAAACUUAUAUAAAACUAAACGACAAUAAGAUGGCACUGCUCUAUCUGACCAAAACUUUGGACUAUGCAGAGAAAACGGAAGAGGACCAGAAGGCUCACAAGGAGGCUGAAGAGUUAAUGAAGAAAGUGAAGUGAGCUGGCCGAUAAUUGUAUGCACCUACCUUCUAAAGUGUUUUCAAUAUACACAUAGUUAAAGUCAGCUCUGUAGCCAAUGAUGAAACUCAGUGUUUUUUGUUUUUCUGUGUGGCUGUAGUUUCUGCUGGUAAAAUGAUGCAGCACUAAGAUUAAAAUUUUCGCAAACAGCGAUGAAACACUGCAUGUGAUUGGCCAGUGACAUACGUAUUAUUAUAAUCGACAUUAUUUACAGUCGUUCAUUUCUGAGAUCUAUUAAUUGUAUGGUAGUAGUAUAUAUAAGUAUAGUUCCGUUUUUGAUAUUUUUAGAUAAGAUAGGGAAUGCAAAGGUUUAAAUGUAAAUAUGAUGCUAUUAACUAUGACCUCACAUACAGUCAGUAAUAUCCUGAUAACUCGCCUUACACAGUAAAUGACCACUCACCUGUCACAGUGAGUAACUUGAUAACUCGCCUCCCAGACAAUAAUAUCCUGAUAACUCGCUUCAUACAGUGAUUGACCACUCGCAUGUCACACAGUGACUAACUUGGUAACUCACCUCCCAGACAAUAAUAUCCUGAUAACACGCCUCAUACAGUUUAUGACCACUCACCUUUCACAGUGAGUAACUUGAUAACUCGCCUCCCAGACAAUAAUAUCCUGAUAACUCGCCUCGUACAGAGAAUGACCACUCACCUGUCACACAGUGAAUAACCUGGUAACUCACCUCCCAGACAAUAAUAUCCUGAUAACUCGCUUCACACAGUGAUUGACCACUCACAUGUCACACAGUGACUAACUUGGUAACUCACCUCCCAGACAAUAAUAUAAUGAUAACGCGCCUCAUACAGUUUAUGACCACUCACCUUUCACAGUGAGUAACUUGAUAACUCGCCUCCCAGACAAUAAUAUCCUGAUAACUCGCCUCGUACAGAGAAUGACCACUCACCUGUCACACAGUGAAUAACCUGGUAACUCACCUCCCAGACAAUAAUAUCCUGAUAACUCGCCUCAUACAGAGAAUGACCACUCACCUGUCACAGUGAGUAACUUGAUAACUCACUUCCCAGUCAAUAAUUGCCUGCACGUAGUCAAUAACAUAACUCAUCUCACAGUCAAUGAACACUUGCUUCGUGCAGUUUAAAACCUGAAAACUCACACAGUCAAUAAACGCCAUAUUGUCAGCUUAGUGUUUACCUCUUGUGCUAAAAUGGUAAUGUAUAAUUUUAAAUAAAUUUGUACAACUACAAGAAUAUCACUGCAUAAAUAAUGCUGCUUUGACGUCAUUUCAAUAUUAGACAUGAAGAUAAAUAAAUUAUUAUUGAUGCAUUUGUUGAAUAAAUAUUAAUGCCAGUU